AUGGGCUCUGUAUUACAACAGCAAGAACAACAACACGAAGAUAUGGCAGUAGCCAGCAAUGCCGAUUUAGAGUUGGCCACUUUCGGUGCUGGUUGUUUCUGGGGCACGGAGAAAUUCUUUCGCAAGCAGUUCGGCGCAAAGUUGGCUUCAACCAGUGUCGGAUAUAUGGGUGGCUCCUCCAAAGCCAACUAUGAACAGGUGUGUACUGGGACGACAAACCAUGCUGAAGUGUUGCAAUUGUCCUUCGAACCCAACAAAGUUCAAUAUAGUGAUUUAGUUCAUUUCUUCUUCCGUAUGCAUGACCCAACGACUUUGAACAAACAAGGAAACGACCGAGGCACUCAAUAUCGAUCUGUGAUCUUCACUCACACCGAUGAACAGCAGAAAAUUGCCGAGCAAGUGCGUAAUGAAGUAGAGGCGAGUGGCAAAGUCAAAGGACAAAUUGUCACUCAAAUUCAACCCGCUGAUGGACUUCAGUUCUACAAGGCUGAAUCCAAACAUCAGAGAUAUCUGGAGAAUAAUCCGGGUGGCUACUGCAAUCAUAAACUCUACUAUUGA